UUUGUUUGCGGAUUACUAUAGAAUGUAACCUGUACAAUGAGAAGUGAUUAAUGUUGUCUUCAUGCGGGUCUAAAACAGUAUUUAAUAGCUGCUGCAGAUUAAUGCUGAAUCUAUUGGAUUACUGAUUGUUAUAAAAGCUCACUCAAUCUCACACCUUUUUUUUUAUAAUUCCCAGGCUUUUUACGGUUUGUAUUUGAACCAGCACAAUGUGUGUUAUAUAUUAUCAAAGGUUGUUUUAUCUGAUGAAGGUUAAGCAUCAAGAAAAUCUUAAUGAGUGUCUUGAUGGCACCUUUGUUUUUUUCGGUAACAAUACAGGGGACGGAGUAAAAGCAGGUCUCCCCAGUGGAACAAAUAAGAACAUGUCUGAUCCAGACAAACUGCAGGAGCGAGGCCAGUGGAGCAACAAGCUGGAGUUUGUGCUGUCAGUCGCUGGGUCCAUCAUUGGCCUGGGAAACAUGUGGCGGUUCCCCUAUCUGUGUUACAAGAAUGGAGGAGGUGCAUUUCUCAUUCCAUACCUGAUCUUCCUCUUCACCUGUGGAGUACCAGUGUUUUUUCUGGAGACCGCUCUCGGCCAGUUCACCAGCGAAGGGGGUAUCACCUGCUGGAGAAAGAUUAGCCCACUCUUUGAGGGAAUCGGCUAUGGCACACAGGUUAUUGUCUGCCUGUUGAAUUUCUAUUACAUCAUUGUUUUGGCCUGGGGCAUCUUUUACUUCUACCACUCCUUCGCUUGGGAUUUGCCCUGGGCCUCUUGCAACAACACAUGGAAUACAGACACCUGUGUGGAGUUUCAGAGAAGAAACCACUCUGUGAACAUCACCCGGCAGCCAAAUGUUACCUCUCCUGUCAUGGAGUUCUGGGAGAGAAGGGCAUUGCGACUUUCCCCAGGACUUGACCAAAUGGGGUCACUGAACUGGGAUCUGGCACUGUGUCUACUUAUUGCCUGGGUCCUAUGUUACUUCUGCAUUUGGAAAGGAGUUAAGUCAACUGGAAAGGUAGUAUACUUCACUGCUACCUUUCCUUAUUUCAUGCUGAUUGUUCUACUAAUCCGAGGGGUUACUCUACCUGGAGCUUCCCUGGGGAUUGCGUUCUACCUCUAUCCUGAUUUGGGACGUUUAGCUGAUCCGCAGGUGUGGAUGGAUGCAGGUACCCAGAUCUUCUUCUCGUAUGCUAUCUGCAUUGGAUGCAUGACGGCACUCGGAAGUUAUAACAAAUACAACAAUAACUGCUACAGGGACUGUUUGGCCUUGUGCUUCCUCAACAGUGCAACAAGCUUUGUGGCUGGCUUUGCCAUCUUCUCCAUCUUGGGUUUCAUGGCUUAUGAGCAAAAUGUUCCCAUUUCUGAAGUUGCAGUAUCUGGCCCUGGGCUUGCCUUCAUUGCCUACCCACGUGCUGUGUCUAUGAUGCCAUUCUCUUCACUGUGGGCAUGCUGCUUUUUCAUCAUGAUUAUCUUCCUGGGGCUAGACAGCCAGUUUGUGUGUGUGGAGAGUCUGGUGACAGCCAUAGUUGAUAUGUACCCAGCUGUGUUCCGCAAGAAGAACCGGAGGGAGCUCUUCCUCUUGGCCGUCUCAUUUCUGUCCUUCCUGGUGGGGCUGAUCAUGCUUAUGGAGGGUGGCAUGUAUGUCUUCCAGCUCUUUGACUACUAUGCUGCCAGUGGCAUGUGUCUUCUCUUCAUGGCCAUCUUUGAGACGGUUUGCAUUGCAUGGGUGUAUGGUGCUGAUCGUUUCUAUGACAAUAUUGAGGACAUGAUUGGAUACAGGCCAGGACCUUUUAUCAAGUAUUGCUGGAUGUUUUUCACUCCAGUGACUUGCAUUGGCACGUUUGCUUUUUCCUUAAUCAAGUACACUCCGCUGAAGUACAACAAUGAGUAUGUGUAUCCCUGGUGGGGUUAUAUGGUGGGCUGGCUUCUGGCUCUGUCCUCUAUGAUCUGCAUUCCACUGUGGAUGGUCUUCAAAAUCUGCACCACAGAAGGAACUCUGAGAGAGCGUAUUCGGAAACUUACAACACCCUCCGAGGACUUACCCAGAACAAGGAAGGAACAGGAGAGUUUGCUGGCUAUCUUUGCCCCAGAGGGUGAAAAGUCCAUGGUAUAUAAAGGUGGCUAUGCUCCUGUUGGUGUGGAGGACUCCAGAUGCUAGAGUGGGCACAACUCUAGGAAUUGUAUACAAGUCCCCCCAUGGUUCCUCUGCUUUGUGAUACUUCACAUACUUCAGCAAGAUGGGGGUAGAGAAAUUGAUAUAUGUUUUUACAUGACAUUCUUUCAGGUGUUUCUGUACAUUUCUUUGAGGGGUGUAUUGAUUCAUAGUAGUGUAAUACAUUUGUAUAAUAGGAUAAAGUGUACAUUUUGGAAGUAAUUCUAGUGUUUUGUUUUCUUCAUGUGAUAAUGACUUCUCAUUUCACAAUUAAGUGCCAUUUUGUCACAUUUUCAAUGUAAUGGUGCACAGUUAAUUGUCCUUCUUUUCAUGUUUGUAAAGUGGAAAUGGAAAAGUUUGAUUAAAAAUGUAUGUUUGUGGGAAUUAUGUCCUCGACGUUAUUAAAACUUUUUUUUUUUUUUUUAACGGCCUAACUGCCUCAGUCCGCCUCUUCCCUCCACAGUUAUCACUGUUUGUUUUUUCUUUUCCUUUUUGUGUGUGUGUGAUAUCAGGCAAAUACAUUUCAUAGGCAAAGGGUUACCUCAUGCUAUUGCAGACUAAUAAAGAACGAGCUAAAUGUUAUUAAAAA